AGGGAUUUUUUGAAAAACUCAAUUUUUAGUAGAACAUUUUCAUCGUUGGCGAGAAGUUGUGAGCGCAAAAUUUCAAACAAAUAACAUUUUGCUCCCAGAGUGAGAUACAAAUUUUGUGCCUCUGAUGUUUCAGUAUCAGAAAAAAUCGUAGACAUUUAUGUUGGUCUCGUUGCGGGACGGCUCGCAAAGUUGAAUAGAAACUAAAAAUAUCUAAAAAAAAGAAAAAUGUUUUCUUAAAAGAAAAUUGUCAGUGAAAACAAAAACAACAUAAAAGACAAAAGGAAAAAACAAAGUUUUAUCAUAAAGUGAUUGCAGAAACAAAACAAAGAUAAAAAGGACUUUUUUUUUCGUGAAAACCGGUGCAUGGUCUUUCCCACAUCAGCAAAAGGCGGCCACAAGCACCACCACAACGCCCCGUGGCAAAAACCAAACUUGAAAGACAAUCAUCCGCGCUAAACAAACCAGUGCAUAAUUUUGUGUAUUUCGGGUAAUUUAAAUUCACCGCCACCAUUACCCACUAUUACCACCCAAUUCAGCAACAGCAACAGCCCUUGGAGGACGUUUGUGCUGUUGGUGAAUCGGUGGACUCCAUGAUGGCUUUGCCCAUGAAUUCUCUAUAUUCCCUGACAUGGGGUGACUAUGGCACCUCAUUAGUAUCGGCCAUCCAGCUGUUGCGUUGUCACGGCGAUUUGGUCGAUUGUACGCUGGCAGCGGGUGGACGCAGCUUUCCGGCCCAUAAAAUUGUUUUAUGUGCUGCAUCACCGUUUCUGCUGGAUUUGUUAAAGAACACCCCCUGCAAACAUCCGGUCGUUAUGUUGGCCGGUGUCAAUGCCAACGAUUUGGAGGCAUUGCUGGAGUUUGUCUAUCGUGGUGAGGUGAGUGUCGAUCAUGCCCAAUUACCAUCACUGUUGCAGGCAGCACAAUGUUUGAAUAUACAAGGACUGGCGCCACAAACUGUGACCAAAGACGACUAUACGCAUUCGAUACAAUUGCAACAUAUGAUACCCCAACACCACCAUGAACAAGAACAAUUGAUUGCCACCAUUGCCACGGCUCCCCAACAAACGGUACAUGCUCAAGUUGUUGACGACAUACAUCAGGCUGGACAAAUUCUGCAAACGACCACACAAACUCAACAAGGACAACAACAGACCAUUGUGACCACAGAUGCUACCAAGGAUGUUAUACAGCAAUAUUUGCCGGCACGCAAACGUAAACCUCGUGUUAAGAAAAUGUCACCCACUGCUCCGAAAAUCACUAAAGUUGAAGGCAUGGACACGAUUAUCAGCACCCCAACAACAUCUCAUCCCACGGCCACGGUACAGACAACCCAGCAACAACAGGUCCAACAGCAGCAACAACAACAACAGCAGCAGCAACAGAUCGAAAAUGGUAAUGACGGCUCAAUGAUCACCUCGACACCGAUUAUCAAGAGUGAAGUUACCAAAGUGGAAACGAUCGUUAUGGACCCGAACACAAGUGGUGAAAUAAGCAUUUCAACACCUGGCAAAACUGGCAAACGUACCAAGAAUUUGAGUGGAGAGAAACCUCGUUCCCGAUCACAAUCCGAACAACCGGCCACAUGUCCCAUAUGUUACGCUGUCAUUCGUCAAUCGCGCAACUUACGUCGUCACUUGGAGCUGAGACAUUUUGCCAAACCCGGUGUGAAAAAGGAAAAGAAAACUCCCGGUAAGAAAACCGCCAUGGCUGUACCACCCGGUUCAACGAAUGCAUCUGGUACAUCGACAGUGACCACGACAUCGGUUAGCACGGUGCCGCAGGUGCAAUCGGUACAAUCGUUGCACACCCUACAGACGGUGCAAGUUAAGAAGGAUCCUGAUGCACAAAACCAAGGACAGACAAUGACAGUGACCACGACAACAACGGGCAGCAACAACAACAACGGACAACAGCAGAAUCAGCAACAGCAGAACCAGCAACAACAAAACCAACAACAGCAACAACAGGUGCAACAAGUUCAAGUUCAACAGGCUCAACAGAUACAACAGCAUCAUAUAAUCGAUCAAUCGGGCAAUAUAUCCACCACGACGACUACAACAACCACGGGACAACAGCAGCAACAACAACAGCAAGCCCAGCAACAACAACAGCAGCAGCAACAGAAUCAACAACAAGCCCAACAAAUUGUAACACAAACCGAAAAUACCGAUGGCACCACCUCGCUAUCAAUUGCCCAGGUCCAAACCCUGCCCUCGGGCCAUCAAAUUUUGGGCAAUAUCAAUCAGGGCAACAACAAGAACAUUUUGGUAAAGAAGGUUUUCAUUUUAAAAGGCAGUAAUAAUACGUAAUGAUGAUCCAACGAUAUGAUCUGCGGCUCCGACGGUGGUACAGCAGCGGCAAAUCAACAUGCGGCUGCCGCAACAACGGACAACGGAGUCGAGGUCGUAACGGCGGGCCCCACAACGGCAGCGGCAUCAACAGCAUCGUCGGCAGU